AUGAUAUGGUACUUGCUUUAUCCACUUCGAGGAACAACAGAGGCUCCGUCAUUGUCGCCAUCAAAUUCUGUUCGUGUCGCAUUCACUCGCUAUGGUAAUUAUGUUGCACAACAUGUUAUCAUGGCGCUGUUGAUCUCUGGUAUCGUUGCCACCAUAUUGAUUUACCCCAUUCCCUAUCUCUUCACAGACGACUUCACAAACGGCGCUUCGAAUCUCCCGCAUCAUGUCUGGACUGUUGCGCGGCCACUGGGGAGAGACGCCGACGUCAUGCCAGAUAUAAUUAUGAGGUCUAUCUGGGUCCAUGGCGAUUAUAUGCAGGCACUGAACAAUGAACUGCUCAGCUCCGCUUUGGAGCUCCAGGAUGAGCUUCUUGGACCAACAGAAAGAUUCUCGCCCUCCGCAUCAGAGAUGCAGUGCAUAUCGUUAACGGACUCACGAAUCAGUCCUGGUUCUUUCACUCCCCGCUCCUCUACUGGGGAUGCUCGCGUCAGCGAAUUCUGGCAGACACAGAUCUGA